UUUGUGCAGUCUGGUUGAGUGACGUCUCCCUCCACAUCACAGUCUGUACUAUCGCUACAGCAAGAAGCAUACGGUAAAACAGAUACCGUGGACAGCGCACCACCUGUCUCGAAACCAUAGUCGUCCACUUGCAGGCGGGUUACAGCAACAACAAUAAUGGAGCAACUAGAAGCCUUUGACAAACAGUUAAAUGAUUUUGUGGAUUAUUUGUUUGGACCUAGAGAUACCAGGGUCAGAGGAUGGUUCAUGCUGGACUCCUGUUUGCCGACAAUGUCUCUUACCCUUUUGUACCUGCUUAUUGUAUGGCUGGGAACAAUAUAUAUGAAGAACAGACCUGCAUAUUCUUUAAAGGGUGUUUUAGUUGCAUACAACUUUUCAGUAACCAUGCUGUCUCUGUACAUGCUCAUCGAGCUGAUUGCAUCAACAUGGGAGGGUGGUUACAAUUUGCAGUGUCAGAAUCUCCACAGUGCUGGGGAAGCAGACACAAGGGUUGCUAAGGUGCUGUGGUGGUACUACUUUUCCAAGCUGAUUGAGUUCUUGGACACCAUAUUCUUUGUUUUACGGAAGAAGAACAAUCAGAUUACUUUCCUUCACGUGUAUCACCAUGCAUCAAUGUUCAACAUCUGGUGGUGUGUUCUCAACUGGAUACCCUGUGGGCAGAGUUUCUUUGGUCCUACCCUGAACAGUUUUAUCCAUGUAUUAAUGUACUCCUACUAUGGGUUAUCUACCAUUCCUUCAAUGCACAAAUACCUCUGGUGGAAGAAAUAUCUUACUCAGGCUCAACUGAUUCAGUUCCUGCUCACUAUAACACACACACUCAGCGCUGCUGUUGUCUCUUGUGGUUUCCCCAUGGGCUGCUUGAUGUUCCAGUCUUCUUACAUGGCCACUUUGGUUAUCCUGUUUCUUAACUUUUAUGUAAAGACAUACAAGAAGAAGCUUUCAAAAGAAGAUGGAUGGAUCACAGCUGACAAUAAGGAAGUCAAGAAUGGCUAUCACAAUGGAUAUGCAGCAACAACUAAUGGCACAAUGUCAAAACAGAAAGCUCAAUAGAAUAAGUAAUAUCUAGAAUGCAGCCAAAAAAACUUGGCAGGUAGCAACAAGACUAUAGAGUGUGGUUAACACUGUAUCCAUAAGAGGCUUAAUACCAUAGUAUAAUUUGCAUAGCAGAUUGACCUAGAAACAGUUUCUGGAAAACCUGCUUCCUGAGACAAAGGGCCAUAUUCACAGUUUUAACCCCUUAUAAGAGUUUAUGAAUAUAAAACUUUAAUAACUCAAACCAUUCCUUAUAUAACGUAAAACAUAAGACCCAGGUUUGCUAACCCUAUCUGUCCCCUGAUUGAACACUAAGCUACGUUUUUAUCUUCCACUGGGAUUGAAAUCUCUCCAACUCACUUGAGCGGUUCCCUAAUGACAUGAGGCAGGUUUUAAAUCUCCAACUGCAGAACAAGCUGUGUCUUCUGAACAUGAAGGCUGUGCAUAUAUUAUAUAUUUUACAUGUAACCAGUACAGGUGAUGGGGCAGAUGGUAUUGUAGACUGUGAUGUGAACUGACAGCAGCCCCAGUUUGAUACUGGAACAAAAUUGAGUUUUACAGACAUUUUCAUUAUCUAGCUGAAAAUGUGACACAAGUAAAGCUUUUCAGACUCACCUUUGCUUAAGAAUUUUAUGUUAUUGUUUUCUACAGAUUUAAACAUGGAGUACACUAACUGCUAAAUCCCAAUUUUAAUCACAGUUAAGUAUUUAUAGGUGUAAUUUUACACUGUAACUGUGUGCUGCUGCUUUCCAGGACCCCUUGGAAAUAAUACAUAGAUCUCAAUGGGUUAUCCUCCUAGAAAAAAACAAAGCAUGACAUUGAAUUGAAAUAGCCUACAAAGUAAUUCCUCAAGAUGUCAGUCCCUGUGUAAUUUCAUCCCAAGGAUGCUAACCACUGUUGAAACACACCCUUCUAAUGCUUUAGUAGAUCAUCUUAUGAAGCAAAUGUACAGUCACAUCCUCUUCACUGUUGCUACCUGUCCAGUUACCUUGGAUACACUUUCCCGCUGCUGUAUCAUUGAACUUUUCCUCCACUUUGCAUAUCAACACCAGAGGUGCUUGAAUGCAAAUCAGUCUAUAGUUCAAAUGAAGAGGAACAACUUUUAUCUUGAGUUUUAUAUACAAUAUAACAGCUUGUACCUAAUUUUGUAUUUAGUGUUUUACCUUGUUUUCUUACUGCUUGUGUCUGACAAUGAAAACUGUUGGAGUGCUCUUGGAGUCCUAUAUUCAGUAGGCACACUAAAAAAAAUUAAUUGAAAAAACACUCUACAGCAAGUUCAAAUUCAAAUCAAGUGAAACAGAAGUUGCUUAAAACACAAUAAAACUAACCUGAUAAACCAUAA